AGGACGACGUUCCGUAGCCGCCAUUUUCCAAAGAAGGGGAGUAAAUGGUAUACAGAUAGCAACAGAUCCCACAGAGACUAACCAAAAAAAACUAAAGAAAUCUUACUGUGGGAUUAAAUCUCCUGUACGGGUUACUCCUCUGUUUGAUGUUGCUAAAAGAAGACAUUCGAGUUUAAAUUACAGUGCCAGUGUUGUUGGCUGAUCACAAUAUAUAGGAGUAUUUGUAUUUACGUUGUGGUGGAGAUUAUAUUGCAUUGUUUUGGUUUGACAAAACGAGUUUAACGGAGUCUUUUCAUCGGCUUGGUGGACUCUUCAGGCUUUGUGAAUGCACUUAGAUGUUUGCAAUGAGCACUGUGGCUGGCAUGCCCCAGUGUUUUGGAUGCCAAUGUAUAGGACUCCAUAGAAGUCGAUGUUAUCAGCAGCGAACGUCAUGAGCAUUGUGAUCCCAAUUGGGUUCGACACAACGGAGACUUCAUAUUUGGAAAUGGCUGCAGGCUCAGAACCAGAAUCUGUAGAAGCAAGCCCUGUGGUGGUAGAGAAGUCAAACAGUUAUCCACACCAGUUAUAUACCAGCAGUUCUCAUCAUUCACACAGUUACAUUGGUUUGCCUUAUGCAGACCACAAUUAUGGUGCUCGUCCUCCACCAACACCCCCAGCUUCCCCUCCUCCAACUGUAGUAAUAGGCAAAAAUGAGGUGAGCAUAUUCACCACUGCUAAUUUUGAUGAGACUUCCAGUGCCACGACAAUCAGCACUUCUGAGGAUGGAAGCUAUGGCACAGAUGUUACUAGGUGCAUCUGUGGAUUUACCCAUGAUGAUGGAUACAUGAUCUGUUGUGAUAAAUGCAGUGUUUGGCAGCAUAUAGAUUGUAUGGGUAUCGAUAGACAGCAUAUUCCGGAAACUUACCUUUGUGAUCGUUGUCAGCCUCGGUGCUUGGAUAGAGACAGAGCUGUGUUACUACAAACAAAGAAAAGGGAAAAUAUGUCAGAUGGAGACACCAGUGCAACAGAAAGUGGAGAUGAGGUACCUGUGGAGCUAUAUACUGCCUUUCAGCAGACCCCUACGACGAUCACAUUGACUGCCACUAGGGUAACAAAGGUAAAUGAGAAAAAGCGAAAGAAAAGUGGAGAAAAGGAACAGUUUGCAACAAAAUCUAGAAAGCCUUUCCGAGAAGGAUCUAGAAAAUCUUCAAGAGUAAAGCAAUGUUCAGUAUCAGAAGCCGAUGUUGUUGAUAAUGUCAGUUUUGUGUGGGAAAACAAAAUCAAAACCUGGAUGGAUCGCUAUGAGGAAGCAGAUGGGAAUCAAUAUAGUGAAGAUAUCCAAAAUAUUCUUGAGGCACAUCGACUAGCAGUAGAGAUAACUGAUGGACAUGAAAAAAUGGAAGUGGUCAGUAGAUCAGACCAAAACGCCAACCUUGCAGUCUUUAAGCCUCCAAUAGAGAGUCAAAUGCAGAAAAAUAAAAGAAUAUUGAAAGCUGCCAAAGAUUUGCUUCCUGAUACUUUUAUUAUUGAAUAUCGAGGAAAGUUUAUGUUACGGGAACAAUUUGAAGCCAAUGGGCAUUUCUUCAAAAGGCCUUAUCCCUUUGUGUUAUUUUAUUCAAACUUUCGUGGACUAGAAAUGUGCGUCGAUGCGAGAACAUUUGGAAAUGAAGCACGAUUCAUCAGGCGGUCUUGUAUACCAAAUUCAGAGGUUCGACAUGUUAUUGAAGAUGGUAUGAUUCACCUUCAUAUCUGCUCCAUGAGAAGCAUUCCAAAGGGAGCUGAAAUUACGAUUGGAUUUGACUUUGAUUAUGGGAACUGCAAAUACAAAGUAGAUUGUGCGUGUCUAAAGGGGAAUCCAGAUUGUCCAGUCCUCAAACAAAACUUGGAGCCAACCGAAAACCUCAGCACUGGCUAUGAAACGAGAAGGAGAAAAGGAAAGAAAGAGAAGGACAGCUUGAAAGAUAAAGAUGCUCAAAAUCAAAAUGCCACUUCUGAUACUGAAGGAACAGCCACCAAAACGAAAACUUUGGAUAACAAACAGAGAAAACUGUCUCCUCUCAGGGUGUCUCUGUCUAACAACCAGGAGCCAGAUAUAAUUGAGGAAAUAGAAGAAAAACCUCCAGUUAGCAAUGAAGUAGAGAUGGAGUCUGAGGAGCAGAUUGCAGAGAGAAAAAGAAAGAUGACCAGAGAAGAACGAAAAAUGGAAGCUAUUAUGCAAGCAUUUGCAAAGAUGGAGAAGAGGGAGAAAAGAAGGGAACAGGCUUUAGAACGGAUCAGCACAGCAAAAGAUGUCAAAGUGGACAACAAAGAAAGCCAAGCAGUUACUGUCACAGAUCCCACACAGGACUCGGUCAAGGAAGACGUUUUAAGCAAACCUAAUCCUGCCAGGGUAAACAGAGCAAAACAGAGGAAAAGCUUCUCUCGCAGUAGAACUCACAUAGGACAGCAACGUCGAAGGCACAGAACUGUCAGUACAUGCUCGGAUGUUCCUCCAUCUUCUCCAGAAGUCGAUAUCUCCAGUAACCAACAGAAUGAAGUUGAAAGUUCUUUUCCUGAAACAACACCCAGAUCAUGUGAUACUAACAUGGAAGAAGAGGCAAUUGAAGUAGAACCAUCAACAACAGCAGAAACCACCACAGUAACAACAGACGAAGCAGCAGGAACACCAUCACCAACUAGUAACAAAACAACAACAAAGUACCCCAAGACAAAAAAGCACUUGGUCAGUGAAUGGUUGAAUGAGAAGGCUGUUAAACUAACAGACAACCCUUUAGAUAGACCUCUGCGGAUAACAACAGACCCUGAGGUUUUAGCUACGCAGUUGAAUUCAUUGCCUGGCCUUACACACAGUCCCCAUAUUUAUACAACUCCUAAGCACUAUAUUCGCUUCUGCUCCCCAUUCUUGUCAGAAAGAAGAAGACGGAAAGAACCUUUAGAACCAAAGGUUGGAUCCUGUAAAAAGCGUUGGUUAAAGCAGGCCUUGGAGGAUGAAACUUCUUCAACAGUUGCUGAUGCCUUUGACUCCACGUCUUAUGAUGGCUCUCUAAGUCCAGCAAUGAGUGGAGAAACAAACAGCCCAAGCACAACUGUACUUGGUGGGAAUUGCUGUUUAACAGAAUUAAUUACCCCUUUGAAGAAGAGGAGAUUGCGCCACCUAACAGAUUCUGGGUUACUUGAACCUUCCACUCCAAACCCAUCCCCACAGACAACUCCCCCAUUUGUUGAAAUCACAGCCUCAGAUCCUUCUAUGUGCAGUACUCCAACAAAAGGAAAAAUGGAGGAUGAAUCCUGUAGAAAUGGCUACAAGCCUGUUUAUUCACCUGUGACACCUGUAACACCCAACCUUCAAGGAAAUUCCCUGCAAUUUGAGAACAUUUCAUCGCCUGAAAGUUCCCCAGAAGUUCAGCGAAGAACAUACAUUCAUGAGACAUCCGACAGGAUAUCCUCCCUCUUAGCACUGAAUUCUUUAAGGAGCUCCAGCCUAACAGAAAUGGGACUGCAUGAUACAAAGACUAUAGGAGAUGUUAGCCCAAGGAGCAGGCCCGAAAUUAGCCAGUGCAUCAGUGGCAUUGAAUCUGUAUCAGAACUCCAUACAGGACAUGAGGCAUGUGAACAGCAUGCGCGGCACAAAGAUUUAGAUUGCCCUAUUCACCAUGAUCGGACUGAUACAAACAGCCAAUCAGAACCAAUUUACAGUGGAAUGGGCAAUGUUUACUCCUCAUGGAUGAAAAGCCCAGAACGACCCAGCUUAAAUUUCUCACCCUUGAAUUCCAAUCUUCGGGAUCUGACGCCUUCGCAUCAGUUGGAGGUAGGAGGUGGCUUCAGAACAAGCGAGUCAAAAAUGCUUCAAGAGGACAACAGAUUGUCAUUUCCAGAAGGAGUUGGUUAUUACUGCCCUGAUGACGGCAUGAUCAACUUUGGCAAGGGGAUUAAUGGAGACAGUAUGACAGAGGGAAGCUGUAUUCCGCAAAAUCCACCUCAAAAGAAGAAAGUGUCUUUAUUGGAAUAUCGUAAAAGGCAGCGUGAAGCAAGACAAAGUGGUUCCAAAUCAGAGAGCUUCUCUCCAGUUGCCACAUCGCUAUAUAGUGUUGUUGGUGUUAGUGGGGCCAGUAACAAUGACAAUGGCAGUAGUAGCAGCAGUAUAACUGCUAGUGGAGAGCAAGGAGGAAGCAUCACUAGUCAGUCGUCAUGUUUGCUUGCUACGGUGGAGUCUGCUGGUCUCAUUGAAAGUGGCAACAAAUCUCCAGUCAAACAGACACCUUCAACAGAAAAAAAAUUAGAUGAUGCAGAUGUUCAGUGGACUGCUUCAACCUCAGUAGAGAAAGUAAGAGAAAGAAGCUAUCAAAGAGCUUUACUUUUGAGUGAUCAUAGAAAAGAAAAAGAAGGUGGAAUGAUUUCACCCACCCAUAGCCCAACAUCAACUCAUUGGCCACAGUGUCAUCUCCAAACUCCAUCUUCAUCCCACUGUUCAAAAACCAUUCCACGCCUUCAGCUGAAGAUCCCAGCUAACUCUCCUAGUGAACCUAACCUAGAAAUUUCAGAUGCAGAAAACGCAGAACAAGUUCCUGAAAAGGAGUGUCCAUCUCCAGUGAGUUCACAAAAGCAUAAUGUAAGCCCAUCAAAAUUAAACAAGCCAGCACAAAUGCCUUCUCCGCCAUCUCCUGCAUUUUCAUCCCAGUCCCAGGUAAAGUUGCAGGCGAAGUCUCAACCUUUGCUACAGUCUCAUCCUCCCCAAUUAGAAAUUACAAACAAUACAACUGAGACUUCUAAUCAAAGUCAAACUAAAUCUGAGACACAGCAGAAACUGCAUUUUCAGUUUGAUUCCCAGCCAAUAUCAAAAACUACUGUUAAUGGCCAGUCUGGAAAUCCACAUUAUUUAAAACAUCCGUGUCCAUCACAGUCUCAGAGUUUAGUAAAACCAUCAAAUUGUCAACCAACUCAGCAUCCAUUGAAUACUCAGUGUCCUGUGCUCUCUCAACAUACUGAGCAUCAGCUUAAAUCUUCAGCUCCUCAUACAUCUGGACAGGCCAACUAUCUUCCAUCAAGUUCUCAACCACAGCCUCAAAUGCACUUACAUUCACCAAAGUCUCAGCCACAGCAACUGGGAUCACCGUAUAGGACAAUUCAUUCACAGUCGCCUCAAGUAGGAACAGUGCAGGCAGCAUCACACAGAGGAUCUUUUUUAACCCCUGUCACUGUGGGACAAGUGUACUAUCAGACAGCACAGCCUGGGAGUUUAGCACAACAGCAGCAGACGAGUGCAACUUUUUAUCCUUCAUCGACAGCACCAUCAGGUCAUCAGCCUAGUUUGAAUCAGUUCAACCAGCAACAUUCAAGCAGCAGUGUGCCCCCACCACCGCCACCACCACCACCACCUCCACCACCGCCACCUACCUAUUAUCAAAACCAGCAACCUUCUGGGAACUUUCAAAGUUUCAAUCAGCCAAGAACAAACGUUCCCCAACAGGGAACAUUCUCUCCUGUACCAAGUCCAACACAGAACUUGCCUGGAACGUGUUUGCUUCAACCUUCUCCUGGAUCCAUUAUACACCAAGGUCCCCCAAAGUCUCCAAGUUCUGCUUUAUUGCACACUUCAGGGUCACUAACAGCUGCAACUGCCUCUGCACAUCAUGCAUCUUCGACGGGGCAGUAUCUGACACCUCCGAGUUCUGGCCUGCAUCACUCUUCCUCAGCAUCUGUAACGCAACCACCACCGCCACCUCCAGUUUCUCAGUCACCCGGAUCAGGACCGCACCUCGUGCCUCUUCCAGGCCCACAUCACCCUCCAACUCAAGGACAGGGCCCACACCCACCACCAUUGUCACAUGUAACUAGUCCGGUUCAUCCAAUACCGCCAACCCAGGGGACACUACUACAUGCUCAGACUUCAGGACAUCAUCCGCCACCACCGCCACCACCUGGGCCAGCACCUGUUCAUCCCCCUCCACCUUCUGCAACAGGAAAUCAAUCUCUUUCAACCUCUGGAACUCCAACAUCACAUCAAAAUGCACUUAAUUCAGCACAUCCGCCACCACCACCACCACCUCCACCACCACCACCACCACCACCACCAGCUCCAGUUCUUGGGUCAGGACAUCAUGUUGCUCCAGGACAAGGAUCGCAUCAUCUUCCUUCAGGGGCCCAUCAGCAUCAGCCUUUGAGUCACCAUCCCUCUCAUCAUGCUGCUCUGGGAUCUCAGCUUCCACCUGCAGGAUCAGGAUCUCAUCAUUCACUGCCAAGACAAGGCUCUCACCACCUGUCUCAAGGAGCAAAUAGUAUUGCAUCACUCGCAAGCCCAGGAUUCCAUCCACCAUCCCCCAAAGUGGUACCUCUUCCACAUACAGGUCAGGGACUUAAACAGAUGCCGGUAUUACCCCCACAAAUUUCUGUUCCCAGACCACAAUUACCACCAUCUUUCCAGCAAAACAAUUUUCACAGCUCAGGAUGGCAUUAAAAUGGGGCUGUGCUGACCCAUUUUGAACAUUAUUGUGUAAAAUAAGAUGUAAAUAUUUUAUGUAAUGUAUCUUUUAAAGAUACUACUUAAGACUUGUAAGUCAGACAUUGUAAUAAACUUAUCACCAGUGCUCAUCUUUACUUGUCUUUCACACAACUGUUUUUGAUUCUUAAAAGAAACGUUUUACUCCUGUUGGAGCUGUAUAUAUGUGUUUGUGAAGCCAGUGGGAAGAAAAACAUUUUUCAAAUUUUAUUUUGUAAGUAGACAUUCCAGCCAUCCUAACUGACGUUGUAGUGCACAGGUUGGCUCAAAAUUGUAAUUUAGUAAUUUUAUUGUUGCAUUUAAAAAUGCCUUUAUUGAAUGUUUUGUAUAAAUUUUUUUAUUCAAGUAUGUUAAACAUAACUGCACUUCUAAGGAGUGUUGGCACUCAUGCAAUUUACUUUUGCUCUUUCUGUUCAAUUCCCUUUCUGUAGCAAACAUUUUAUUUUCCUUUGUAUACUAUAAACAAUAGCAGAACAAUGCAAUAUAGGUUUUGAAGCAGUUGCGGUGUGAAACAUAGUUCUUUUACUUGAUUGGUUAUUUGUAGAAAAGUAAUUUAAUGUAUAGAUUAUUUCUAAUUUCUUCUGGCAGAUGUUAUGUAAAUAAUUGUGCAUUUACUUUUUCCAUGCUUGUAAAACCUGCCAAUGCUUCUCUCCCAUUUUUGAAUACUGUUGUACAUUCAAGUCCCUUUGCAAAUAUGUGUAUGUUCUCUGUGAGCUUAGUAUAACAAUUUUAAUUUUUUUAAGAUACAGUCACACUGCAGCACUGGUUGGGCAUUUUAAUCCAUGUUAAUAAAUCACAGUAAAUUGCAUUUUUUUUUACAAAUUAUAAAUAUAGACUGUUAGGAUUUUGUCUCGUAAUACAUAUAUUUUUUUUAAAGUAUGCUUAAAUGAUGUACAGUGAUUAUUUUGCAGGUGGCGGAGGAACAAAAAAUGAUUAGCUUUCGAGUAUAGAUGAACCCAGCAACCUUAGGAUGCUGCUCUGAGGUGCAUAGUUAAAAUUAUUUUGUUGUUUCUGCAACAUGCUGUUCAUAUUUACUGGUUUGUUAUAUUAGCUUGCAAUUGACUCAUUCAUUUUUAUUUGUUCCCUUGAUCUCAUCACUUAUUGCACAAAAUACCCACAAAUGGUUUUUAUGAGAAGUGGUAGAACACUGUCUCAGUGUCAAAUCUCUAUUAGACCAAAUAUCUCUAUAGUUUUUUUGCAGCUCCUUGCUGGUAAAUUACAUCGAUAAAGUUUAUGUUGCCAUCAUUUUCAUCCUUUUGUUUCUUUUCUCUUUCUCAUUAUUCUACAUUUUGGCUUAUAUUAUGCAAUUUGUCUCAGUAGUCUCUUGCAUCUCUUCAUUUUUGCCUCCCUUCAUCACUACAUAGAAUCCCUACAGUGUGAAAACAGGUUACCCAACAAGUCCACAUCAACUCUCGGAAGAACAUCCCACCCAGAACCCCGCCCCGGUACACUAUCCCUGUAAUCCUGCAUUUCCCAUGGCUAAUUUCACGUAACCUACAUAUCCCUGGACAGUAUAGGUAAUUUAGCAUGGCCAGUCCAUCUAACCUGCACAUCUUUGGACUGUGGGAGGAAACUGGUGGAAACCCAUGCAGACACAAGGAGAAUGUGCAAACUCUGAACAGACAGUCACCUGAAGUUAAAAUCGAAUCUGGGUCCCUGGCACUGUGAGGUAGCAGUGCUAACCACUGAGCCACCCUGCUUCUCUUGAUUUUCCUCACUGAUUUGUAAAGUUUCAAUCAGUAAAUAUUUCGGAACUCCUUCCAUAAAGGUUCUGCGAAUCUACCUACCCCAAGUCAACUGCAGUGAUUCAAGAAGGCAGUUCGCCACCUUAAGAGCAAGUAAGUAAGAUGAACAAUAAAUGCUGAUCCAGAAAUCAGCACUCACUUCACAUACGUGAACUUUUUAAAAAAAAGUCUGUGAAUUGUAUCUGUAUUUUUAGUGGCUUUUUGUGAAUUCUUUCAACCUGCUACUGUCAACCUUUGGAUUAUUACCCAGUGCUAAAGCUGGAGUCUUGCUAAACACCUCUACCCACCUUGGGCUGAAAAUGAUUGCUCAAGAAAAUACUUCUGUCUCUAUAUCCUCUUUAUUACAAAGAUUGCCCACUUCCACCAUUCAUAACCAGUAUUUUCAUUCUUGCCAUCUCAUAGUCAAACCUAAAACACACCAGAAUUGUCCUGGCUGACGUUAGUAGCUAUAUUACAUCCCAUACCAAGUCCUCACACCAUGUCUUUAAGAAAUUUAAGGAAUACGUGUUUAAAUUAAUGUAUAAUACUUAUGUGGACUUGGCUCUCCAUAUACUUGUAACUGUCACCUGCUGAAUUAACUGUUGCUCCCAGUUAUCUCGUAAUAAUUCCACCCCAAAAAGCAUUUGCAUUUCACUACAGAUAAUAAGAAAUCAUGCAAUUAUGGCAUGUUUUUUGCCACACAGAAACAAAAUCAGACAUGCAACCAAAAAAGACCUCCAAGACUACAGUCACUCAAAUGUGAGUGCAUAUGUAUUGUGACGUUUUACUCUGUAGACAGGGUGUAUUUUUAUGUUUUAAGAUAGUAAACUUGCUUUUAACUCAUUCUCAGAAUCUGUGCAGCUCGGUCGAGACCAUUAUUUUUGCCCAUCCCAAAUGGCCCUUGAAAGUAGUGGUGAGCUGCCAUCAUAAACCACUACUGUCCAUGUAAUAUAGCACUGUUAGGAAGGGAUGUAUGCAAGUCUGAGCACAAUGCAGGACAAUAUAAAAUAGCAGUUUGUAUGUCAGAUCUUUAAAAUUACACGCCUGUUUGGGAUCACAUAAGAGCGUUUGUAAAUCAGAGACUGCCCCCCCCUCCCCCCCAAUAGUAGGAUCAUAUUUGAAAUUGAAUGUUUAACACUUGUCAUUCAGUUUUUGAUUCCAUUUUAAGCAAGAAUUUGAAAUCAUUGCAGUUGGAUGUAACUUCGAUUUCAUUGCAGGUUUGAGAUAAACCAUAAAAAUGGUUUGUAAAUUUCAAAGCCUGUUAUAGCGAUUGCAUCAUAUGAAAAUAUACAUGUUCUUUAUUUGGAGUUCAUUUAUUGCUAUAGAAAAUGAUUGUUCCUGUGUCAUCAAAGAGGUCCUGCAGCAGUCAUCAGCUGCGUCAUCAAUGACCUUCCCUCCAUGAUAAAGUCAGCAGUGGAAUGUUCCUCCAUGAUAGCACAGCACAGCAAUGUUUGUAAUUGCUCAGACCAUAUCAACAUUCAGAUUUUGGCUACUAAGUGGCAAGUAACUGGCAUAUAAGUGCCAGAUAUUGACCAUCUUCAGCAGUAAUGACUAAAUUCCUUAUUGUAUUCACUGGCAUUAUGAUCACUGAAUUACCCAUUAUCAACUGCCAGGGAGUUACUAUUGACCAUGGGCAUCUAAUUAAAUCAGCCAUCAUAAAUGCUUUCUACAACAGACCACAGACUGGGAGUUCUGUGGGAAGUACUUCACUUGACUUAUGAAAGCUUAUCCAGCAUCUACAAAGCAGGAGAGUAAUGGAAUACACUGCACUUGCUGGAUGAAUGUAACUCCAACACCUCUCCAGAUGCUCAACACCACCUAGGAUAAAGCAGCCUGUUUUUUGGCACCCAUCCACCACCAGCAAACAAUGACACUGUGUGUACUACACGAUAUGCAUCACAGCAACUUGCCAAGGCUCCUACAACUAAUUUUGAACACUACUGAGAAGAACUGAGGCAAUAGACAAACGUGCAGGUUCCCCUCCAAGUUGCACAAUCUACUGUUGACCAUCUAGUGUAUCUUCAAUGUUGCUGGCUCAAGAUGUUGGAACUCCUUCAGGCAUACUUACACUACAUAGAAUAUAACAGUUCAGGAAGGUUCUCAUCACCACCUCAAGAGAAACCAGAGAUGGACUGCCAUCUUUUUUAAAUAUCACACUCAGCAAGAAAAGACCAUACCACCAGGAGCAAUUCAAUGUUUUUUAGUAGUGUUUAUUGAAGGAGAAAUAUUAGCCAAUACAUAGAAGCAGAAGUGGGCCAUUCAGCCUUUUAAACCCUACAUGCCACUUGAGUACAGCUCAAGUCCAUUUAAAUGUUCAUUCCAUAUCUUUACAUCAUAAAAAUGUCUCAGCUUUAACUUCAGUUAGUUAUUUUGUAGACAGAAUUUCCUGUUCUUCCUGACUACACCUAUGAUUUGAGAUUUUAAUGUUAUUCUGUAGUUUCCCAUGUUUUAGUGAUUUGUUUACCUGGAUCUGAACACUCUGCACAGAGAUAAAAUAUUAUGAAGUAUGAAGGACUAGGGAUUGUGGAAGAGCAAGGUGGAUGACGUCUUUGCUAGACAGUGAACUUCAUCUGUCACAGACACUUACUUGAUCAUUUUAGUCUAUGGCAAGACAAAUAUAAAGAUUAUUUUUCUUUUCUGUAGAAAGUCAAACACAGGUGUUAUAUGAUAGUCACUGAUAAAUCCAAAUGGGAGUUCAGGAGAAUUCUUUUAACCCAUAGAUUGCUAAGAAUUUGAAAUAUUGCUAGUGCAUUGAUUAGAAUAUAUUGUCUUAAAUGACAAAAAUGUACUAGAAAGAUGUGUUGAAAAGAAACGAACUGGAGUGGAGGAUAAAUGCCAGUUUAGACCAGUAGGGUUGAAUAUGAAUCUUAGAACCUGAUGUGUUCUUCAGUGUUUUUGUUUAAUUCAAAAUAUAAAGCUGGGUUCAGACAGAACAAAUGUAAUAGAAUUUAUUCACAGAGCAACGAAAUACACUACAGUUCUAUCACAGAUAUUGACAUAGUCUGGGCUCAAACUGGUUGACUAGUCUUGUUGGAUUAUGAAGUAUAGCAGCAGCUGAUACCUCCAUACAAGAACAUCACAUGGCAUGAUACCAUACUGACUCUUAAAGUUACAUGCCAUAUCACAACACGGCCCAGAGAAGGCUAAUGUAAUUGUUGUUCUUAUACAUCUUAGUGUAAUUUGCAAAUUUGAUAUAUUACUCUUUGUUUGUUUCUGUAAAGUCUAAAGCAAAUAAGAGAAACCGAAGAUACCAGGAGGUGAAUGGUUAUCCAUCAGUUAAUCAGAGAACAUUAUCCCAAUUGUAGAUUCCUUCUUCCCAAUCACCAAGCAAUGUUACAAAUUCCAUACGUCCUCCCCAUCAAUGCUGUUUGUUAAAUGUUCAUAAAGUAACUACAGCGGUCUAAGCGAAAUCCCUCUGCUUUUCUCUCAAUAACAUUUAAUACUUUUACAGGCAGGCUGGGCCAUCUCACCCAAACAAUAGUACUGGACAUUGUACUACUGUUUUAUAGUAAACUGAGCUUAGAUUUAUGGAAUUGAAGUGCAUUGUGAUGCAAGGCACAGUUUCUUAAUUUGGAGGAAAGAGUAUUAUUGAUCCAAGCUGAAAAUGAAUGAAUAGUCAUAAUGCAGUCCCAUUGCAUGCUCUACGUUGUAAACAACAUACAUAAAUUGUGGAAAACCACU